CAUGUUGAAGAAUGCCGCGACGCCGUCUGUCUAGAUCUCAAUGAGUCCGUCACCGUGGUGGCGGCAGACGACUUCCGCAGACAACUCCUUCCGGAACUUCGACCAGAGAUUGAUGUCGAUGCGGUCCUGCAGCAGUUGAAUGAUGAUGGGACGAUUCAAUCAGGCCGGUGGGCUCUGUUCCCAUCCGAUCCCGAGGACACGAUGACGCCACCA